CACCCACAAGGGAAGAUAAUGAGGUUUAUCUCAUUCAGCGUGAUCUAUUACACAAAUCAAUUUUGUAACAUCUGGGUUCCAAAUGCAUGCCAUUAGCGAUAUUUAAACCCGCUCCUCAUGCAAACUUUGGGAGUGCAAUCUUUCAGGUGGCCUUAGACGAGUGUCUUCAUAAUUGCCUCCUUCAGGAGAUAGCGCCUGAGCAGACAGAGGGCAAGCAGGCGCUAGCCCCGGUCACCACAACGGGCCACCAGCGGCUUGCUGCCAGGCCCGGCAGGGCUCUCCAGGCUGCCUCCCCUUUAGCUACGAUGCCGCUGAGCGCUGUCGUCCCACUCCUCCGCGGGGGGAGCCCGCCUCUGCCGCCCCCCAUGCGGCUGAGAUGCUGAUCCUGUUGGCGGGCAUGGUACAGGAGGCAAUGUGCCAUCUGUGUUCCAAAGUGCAACUAUAAAAGAGGAAGUUGAGAAUAGUUUGGGAAGAGAAGAUAGGACCAGCCUUGUGAAGGAUGAGGAGGGAGAUGGCAGUUACUGCAUGCUGCAGGCAGCUGCGUCAACUUCUGAAGACUCUGCAGCCCUUGACUGCCCAAUCAACUUUGCCUCAGCAUCUGGACAGCUGACAAAUUUCCUCAGUGACGUGAAUUCAGUGCCCCUACUUCCUGUGGUUGAGAUUGCACAGGAACCCACAGAUAAGUCAGAGUUACAUGAACAGUGUGAGGUUUAUUAUUUGGACGAGACUGAAAAGGGGACAAAGAAAAAUAAUAAUGACAGAAGUGGAAUGUGUGCUGAGAAAGUCACUAGUGGCAUCUCUGGAGAUCUCUGCAGGCUAGCAUCAUUACAGGAUGCGUCUGGCCCAGCUAUUUGCAGAUCAUCCACAUGUCCUUCAGCCAGUGUUGCAGCUCAGCAGUCCUACAAGCUGUCUUCAUUCCUGGAAUCUGGAAGUAUCCAUGGUGAAACCAAGGAAAAAAAAGAGCUAUGUGACAACCCAGAAAUCCUGCAACCUGUCAAGAAGAAGUCACGUACCUUCUAUAGUGCAGAGCAGCUAGAAGAGUUGGAGAAGAUGUUCCAGGAAGACCACUACCCUGAUAAUGAGAAGAGGAGGGAGAUUGCAACAGUGGUUGGGGUGACACCACAGCGCAUCAUGGUCUGGUUUCAGAAUCGCAGGGCAAAGUGGCGAAAAACAGAGAAGUUGAAUGUGAAAGGCAAGAAAAAAUACUCAGCAUCAGCCCUGUCAGUCCCUACAGGGCCAGACAGUUCUGGGGUCCCUCUUCUGCCCAUGCCUCCGUUGCCUGACUUUGUUCAUGACCAGUCUGCUGUGUUGAAUGUAGACACUACAGCUGGGAACUGCUCCAGCCUGCUCACUGGGCAUUCUGCACCGCUUGCUUCCUCCUCAGUCUCUUCAGUGGCAGGAAUGGUGGCAGCUUGUGGAGCAGUUCAGACAAAGACAUUACUGCAGUUCAACUUCAGUUCCAGCAGAAUGGAGUGCUUCCCUAGUCUCCCCAGCCCUCCGCCCAUUCGCAGGGCCAGCCUCCCUCCCAGCCUGUCCUUCAACCCCCGCAACCGUAUUGUUCCCUUGAUGCUGGACACUCCUGACAGUGAAUGCAGCUUGUCCAGUCAAGAAAAUGGAUCCAGGGAGGCCUUCACUUACAGCAUCCAGAAUCAAGGCUUGUGUUCACCAGUUUCCUGUGAUUACCCUGAGCAGCUGGUGUCUCCAGGCAGCAUAGAGACCCCAUACUGUCAGUACAGCAGCCAGGGUGGAACUUACCAACUGCCCCAGUAUCCUCAGCAGCACCAGCUCUCCCAGUUCCACCAUCUGCCAGUUCACCUGGCCAGCAAUGUGCUCUCCAGUGUCCGCCUCACUCCUACAACACCCACUGAGUCCAGUACCUCCUUCCUUCCCUUACCUGGCAACAGUGGGGUUGUCACCUGUGGGACAGCAGGAGCCACACAAGGCUAUGUACAGAACCACAUGGGGGGACAGCUUGUGUUACAGCAGCCGAGUGGAAACUCAGCAGGCAUCACUGCCUAUCAGGCUGUCCCCUGGAAUGAUUUCUAUAUGCAGGGAGCUCCAUUUUUGAAUCAGUCGCACUCACGAAUGCAAUCUUCUAGCACAGCAGGACGACAAUAUUUCUCAGAGCAAACUUCCUACACCCAGCCACCUUGCCAGCCCUCCUCUCCAUGUUUCCUUCAAGUGCCCAAUGGAACAGCACUAGGAUCCAUGCCACAUACGGGAAAACAGAAGGAAAUAACAACACCAGGCCAGAGUUUGUGCCAGAGCCACCAAACAGCGCCAGAGUUGACAUCACUUGCUGAAAGAGAGGAAGUAGAGAGCAGCAGCAAGAAGGGAGAGAGUAUUGCUGAUAUUAAAGAAGAAGCUAAUGACUGAUGAUACACUCUGAGAAACAAAUAAAAGAAGAGGAUACGUUACUAUUUUAAACUGCAAAAUAAAAAUAGAGA